AUGGGAUUUCAUCUGUCAAGUCUCGUUGCCUUAGCAGCACUGCUGCGUGCUUCAUGUGCAUUCAGUGUCACGGCAAACACAGACGGAAACGCUCUGGCCUCUGCUAUCUUUGGCAAUGGCAUAAGUGUCAUCUCAGCGUCCUUUACAGGGGCAUCGGUUAGCUCUGGAACAUUCACUGAUGGACCUUUCGGUAUGGGAGACGCAGCGAUCCUCACCUCGGGAGCUGCUGUGGGAGCUCUUCCGAAUGGAGACCACUACGUGAAUAAUGGUGCGACUGGGUCAGCAACGUAUUGCGGCGGCGGUUCAAGUAACAACGCUGCGAUAUUGACUGCGGAUGUCAUGAUUAUUCCAGGCUUCGGAGGAAUGAGAUUCGAGGUUGUCAUGGCUUCGGAAGAACUUGGGGGCGCUCCUGAUACAAUUGGCAUAUUCGUUAACAACCAGAACUAUGCUUUGGAUGGUAGUGGGAAUAGGCUGACCGCGACGAACCCGUGGCUGUCACAACCUCUGGUGAUCGUACCGCCCAACAGCGUUACCUCGUACCCCGGCUCGUCGGCGCCUUAUUGGAUCGAUGUACCGUCACUUCCCGCCAGUCCGCAGACUGUGGUCGUCGCAAUUUGUGAUGCUGGAGACGCCAUGUGGGACUCAGCCCUGAUGAUUAAAGCUGAAGCCUGCGUUGACUGCAACGAACCUUUCCGGCUUGCCUACGUCACAACCACAACUACAUUGGCAGCAGGCGAUACUCCCUAUACUUCUACCAUCACUGCUUCAGGAACUGUGUCCGGAACGAUCGAAAUCGGGGUAACAGCAGAAGAAACCUCCACCACUGCCGAGGAGUCUACGACGACGACAGUUGCAGAUGAGACAACAACUACCUCUGAAGAGCCCCCUACAUCAACUACUCAGGAUGAAUCAACAACAACUUCUCAGGAGGCAACUAGUACUGUUGAGAAUACAAGUGUGGCAACCACUAGCAAAGAGACGGCCACUAUGACCACCCCUGAGGCGACUACUACUACAACUGCCAAGGAAACAACAUUCACUGCUUCAGGCACCACCACCGUUUCUACCACAGAAUUGAUGGAGACAUCGACCGAAGCCAGUAGCUCAAUCAUUUCAGAAGAACUCCCAAACUCAACCAUGACAACAGCAGAUACAACAAGUGUCGAACCAAGUGACACAGUUACAGAGUAUUCAACCAUCGUAAUCGAACCCACUCCUACCCCAACAUCUGAUACUGCCACUACAACAGCUCCAAACUCUUCCAAUGAGAGCACUAACAGCCUCGGAACAACGAGUUUGCCUGAAAGCUACAUAGAUAACACGACUACCUCUCGCGAGGGAGUUCAAGUGUCAUCUACUGUCCUAGCAGUCCAAACAUCUACCGAUGAGGUCACAUCGAGCUUGAGUAGUGACCUCCCAAUCGAGCUGACAACAACCUCCAUACCGGACAUGACCACAACCGAGUCCUUGGAACCAAGUGCUGUCGAAGAGACGGAGUCCUCGACAGGCACAAUCUCAAACUCAGUGGAGGAGACAAGCCUUAGUUACGCCGUGACUUCAACAGCCCAGGACACAUCGUCUCCAGCGACAUCAACAGUUGCUACCUCAUCUUCCGUACCGUCUAACCUAGCAGUGAUCGGGACUUUCAAGUUCUUCGGUUGCUUAGGGUCUGCAGCUGGCUAUCCCAGCUUUGGCUUGAUCGGAGAGGGCCCUGAUAUGACUACCGCAGAGUGUGCGAGGUUAGGAAGAGGACGUGCUUAUAUAGGCAUCUACCAGAGGUCCUGUUAUGCUGCAGAUACUCUGGACUCUGCUGAAACUGUGACCAACGGUCGCUGUGAUCUGCCAUGCCCUGGGGACCCAGGCCUGUUCUGUGGCGGUGUGAUUUUGACCGACUCAAGCCCGGACUCGCGCCUUCGACGUCGAGAUGCCCCCCCUGGCAUUUUGCUCACUUUGUAUGCGCAGAUUGAAGCCAUAUCAAGCUCUUUGACCGCCUCGGAAGCUCCUAGCACAGCAGGGAUAUCUUCUCUCGCAGUCUCUACAGAGAUCACUCUUCAACCUAUCUUGACCUCUGAGUCUUCCGGCUUGCCUACCGAGAACCCGACAAUUUCGAAUUCCCCAUCCUCAAGCACAGAAACAUUUGUUGAUUCCGUCAUCACCCUUGAGCCUUCAGUUUCUGUCACUAGAUCACAAGACGCAAAGCCGAUCACGCCCCCAUUCCCGACAACUGUCUCUUAUUAUGCAGGUAACUUCACCAGAACCGAAGCUGUGGAGCCAAUAAUCACCACUGUGACAUACACCGUUGUUGACCCCAAUAACCCGUCUUACCUGACUAUCACUGAGUAUUGUACCACGUUGCGACCGCCCCCUUGCCACAGAUGUCAGUAUCAGAAACCGCCAACGGUUGAGAUGACGACUAUCGAGGUGGGUUGCAAUAGGUGCGGCCACAAUGGAGAGAACACCAUUGCUCUUACUGUUCCAGCCGGUGCAGUUGUCGCAGCUCCCACAAGAGAAUAUGCAGCUCACGAAACACACAUCGUUGAACAUUACGAGCUUAAGCCGGAUACUCAGGGGACUCAGCCCAAGAAUUCUUCCCCUGCAGCCAACGGCAGCCAUGGUCAAGCGGAGCCUUCUGCAGUACCUCUGGGAGGAAACGGUUAUCCUGAUGCCCCCAAGCCAACGUUUCACCGCAGGCCAGCUCCAACUCAUACACCAGUGGUUGUGCCAGAUGCUUCUGUUGUCAUUGUCUCAGGGGCGGUGGUAAAGGCGAUCGACGGAAUCCUGGCGACAAUUCUCAUGAUGUUUGGUCUUGCUUUUCUCCUGUAG